UUCCAUGGAGAGCUUCCUCCGUGCCACGUGUCGUCUGUGAGCGCUAGUGCCGCGGCUCGCUGCGGUGCCGUCUGAGACCAGGGGAGCCGGCUGCAGCGAUGGGGGACUCUCCCACCAAUGCCGUGGAUGGAGGCACAGACACGUGCAAAGACGCGCAGGCUGACCUGGCAGAGCGGGUGGCAGCCAUAGAAGUGACUGUCAGCCCAGACAGACAUGAUCAAAACGGUGAAGACACCACUGAGGAAAAUGACACAGUUUUUUCUGAUAGCGUGAAAGACAUCCAAAGAAAUGGAGUCAACAGUGACGUGGGAAUGAAUGAAUGCCUACCUUCCCAAGGGCCAGGAGAUGCUCUCUGGAGACAUGUUCCCAAGAGACCGCCCACUAGACCCGUGCUAUCAAGUAGGAAGUUGUCUCUUCAGGAAAGACCAACAGGAAGUUAUUUGGCUUCUAGCAGCACUCCAGGUUAUGGUCCGUAUGCCACAGGACCAUCGCCACGUAUAAUGAGGCGACCAACGAUAGAGUCAAAUCGGGUCUCCAUCUCAGAUGCAGAGGACUGCGUGCAGCUCAACCAGUACAAGCUGCAGAGCGAAAUCGGCAAGGGCUCCUACGGCGUCGUCAAGCUGGCCUACAACGAGAACGACGACAAGUACUACGCUAUGAAAGUCCUCUCCAAAAAGAAGCUCUUGAAGCAGUAUGGAUUUCCACGUCGGCCUCCUCCUAGAGGGUCAAAAGCGGCCUCCGGAGAGCAGCCAAAGCCGAUGGCACCGCUAGACAGAGUCUAUCAGGAAAUAGCCAUCCUAAAGAAGCUGGACCAUAUCAACAUCGUUAAACUGAUAGAGGUCCUUGAUGAUCCUGCAGAAGACAACUUGUACAUGGUGUUUGACCUCCUGAGGAAAGGGCCCGUCAUGGAGGUGCCCUGCGAGCAGCCCUUCGGCGAGGAGCAGGCUCGGCUCUACUUCCGAGACAUCGUCUUGGGCAUCGAGUACUUGCACUACCAGAAGAUCAUUCACCGGGAUAUCAAGCCUUCCAACUUGCUCUUAGGAGACGAUGGGCAUGUCAAAAUAGCUGAUUUUGGAGUCAGUAAUCAGUUUGAAGGGAACGACGCCCAGCUUUCCAGCACGGCGGGGACACCGGCCUUCAUGGCACCAGAGGCCAUUUCAGACACUGGCAAAAGUUUCAGUGGAAAGGCACUUGAUGUAUGGGCCAUGGGGAUUACCCUGUACUGCUUUGUUUACGGGAAGUGCCCUUUUAUAGAUGAAUACAUUCUGGGUCUUCAUAACAGGAUCAAGAACAAGCCCGUCGAGUUCCCAGAAGAACCCCAGAGAAGUGAGGAGCUCAAGGAACUGAUCCUACGCAUGCUUGAUAAAAAUCCGGAAACAAGGAUAACAGUCCCUGAAAUUAAGUUGCAUCCAUGGCUAACCAGAAGAGGUGAGGAGCCCUUGCCACUGGAGGAAGAGCACUGCACUGUGGUAGAGGUGACAGAGGAGGAGGUGAAGAACUCAGUCAAGACUAUCCCAAGUUUGCCAGCUGUGAUCCUAGUGAAGGCCAUGCUGAGAAAACGCUCCUUUGGAAAUCCGUUUGAGGUUCAGACCAGACGGGAGGAGAGGUCCAUGUCUGCUCCGGGAAACUUGCUGAUAAAAGAAGGGAGCAGAGACGGCGCAAAGGACCCGGAGCUGCCGGACGUGUGCGAGGACGAAGCCGCUCCGUGAGGCCGCGGGGCCGUCCCGGCUGCCCGCCACCGCCGCGCGUCUGCCCUCGUCGCCCGGAGCCGGCGGAGCCCGGGCAGAGCGGACGCAGCCGUGGCGGGGGGACCCGGAGGGCAGCAGCGAGAAGGAAAAGCGCCGGCGCCGGGGAAGUGGCCCGCGGUGCCGCUCUCGCCCAGGGGCUUUGCACCUGCCCGCCCAGCCCGGCCCGCAGCAGCGAGUGCACGUCGAAUGCCACCUCCUGCGUCGUUUGCCCCGGAGACUUCCCCCCCCCCCCGGCCUGCUUUUUGCAUUCAAGGCAAAAAAUUACAUCCGAGCCAGCUGCUGUAUCGGCCGGCGGGUGCCGGCUGCGGUUAGUGCCUGGGCAGAGCGCUGCCGGCUGCCAGGACGCGCCGCUGCCCCGUCAGUCGAGGGUGGAUUUUCCAUUGGCAUCAGCUGAGCAAGGGUGAGAUCCCCCAUUCGGACUUAACUUCAUCGCUCUCCGUGCGUUUCCCUCUGCCUUUUAUUUCCCCCCCCCCCCGCCCCUUUCCUUCCCAUCAUCGGUUUUGCUCAGCGUGAGCCUUGCCGGGGCGGUGGCCUUGCCCAGGGCAGUGCCGUGAAACGGGAGAGAGACGGGAUGUUCCCGGCAACGUGCACCGAGCCUUCGGAUGCUGCCGCGGCCGGACUGCUGUGCUGCUGCCCGCGAGGGCUUGGGGCGCGGAGGACGUUGGCUGAUGAAAGGUGGCGUACCCCAAAAAGCCAGGAUCUGACCCCGUCAGCUGGACACGGUCCCGUGCGCGUGGAUGCUUUGUGCUCGGCGCUGAAAAGAAGUGGCCGGCUCGGAGAUUUGUUCCGUUUGGAAAAUGAUUUCCUUUCCCUCACUCGUCUCUUAGCCCCUUGAAAAGGAGGUACCUGAUGCUUUUAAAUUCCGAUUUACUGAUGAAGUGGCUCAAACUGGGAGAGCUCCCUCAUAUGGGGCAAGCUGGUGGAGCGUUUUUAGACUACAAAACUGCAGAACACUAAUGAGGUUGAAUCAAAACUUGAUCUUUUGUUUUUUUAAUACCUUGAAUUUUAAUUUUAUUUUAAGACAUUAAUUUGGUUUUUUUGCACUUGCUGAUGCUGCUAUUGUAUGUGUAGACUGCUUCUAAACUUGGGAUUAGAAGCUUCAUCUCUGCAUCUUGACAUCAGGUGAGAGAUUGCACUCAAAGGGCAAAUACACACGUUGCAGUGACCGAUGGCUCUGUGUGUAAUUGGGAAUUCGACUCUUACGCUUGGUGAAAAUCAGUGAUAUCAGGCAGUCAAAAUACAGGCUGGUAUUCUCCCUUAAGCUUUAUGGGUCCUGAGCAUGUCCCUGAGAAGCCAAAGGGAAUGGGGUCGAACCCGUAUUUCAUAGCACUUAAAUAAAGGACAUGAUUAAACUUGGUUCCUGCAUGACCAUCUUACUGUCAUCUUUGAGGGUAACCUCAGCUUGGCGCUCUCGGCGCCCCCGGGUUUGGUGCCGGGGGCGCGUGUGCAGGAGGAGCGCUGGUGGCAGCGGGUAUCCUCGCUUUCCCGAGUUCCCUGCUGUAGUCUGGUUCGGUCCGCAACGUCUUUGCAGCCGGGCGCUGCUGCCGGUGCCUCCGGCUCUGCUUCCCGCCGCCUCCCUGUCCUUCGGCGGGGCGUCUCGGCAGCGGCACCGGAGGCAGGACAAGGUUGGCAGCCCGCGCUCUGCCCCGCGUCUCGCCCGGGAAGAGGAGCCGAGCGAUGCCGCAGGGCCGGGGCGAGCGCCCAGCAGCUGAGAUUAUGGCUGAACCUGCUCUGAGGACUUUCUGUUUUCAAUAGCGUUUUGGUUCCCUCCUCCCCCUUUUGGGGAGCCUUUGCAAAUCUUGACUUCAAUUAAUGAAACCAAGCAAAUGCUAAUUUGCAAGGGAGAAUUAGCUUUAUGUCGUGUGCUUUUAAUGA